ACCACCGCACGGUCACACAGAUUUUCAGUUUUAAGGAAACCGUGAAUAUUCUCUGAUUUUUAAAAGGAUUGCGAAAUUGCUCAGAGUAUAGGCGACGGCUAUUGGAAUCUCGCAUCGCCCAGCGUCGUCAUUGAUUUUGGUGUGGGAAUCGCAGAUGCGCAUCCUUCCCCGUCGUCCACCAAGCACACAUCCACACCCCCACAGACGGGCAGACAGGAAAAGUACUUUUCCGCAGGCAAUUAAAUAGUUUUCGGAAGCUGAAAGAGAGAAAUCGCCAUGGCGGAUCGCGAGCGUAGCAUACACGAGAUGCUGAAGGACGCGCCAUCGCUGAACGACAGCUGUGGAUCGGUGCACACGGGCACCGAAGGCGGCAGCCUGGUCCUCGGGAGCGCCAGCAGCCACAGUAUCGCCGGAGGAGGAGGACAUGGGGCCAUGGGCGGUCCCUUUGCCGCCCCCAACAGUCUGCCACUUAGGAACCAUUCAGCACCCACUACACCCAUGUCGCCCAGUAGCCCGCCUUCUGGCAAUGGCAUAAUGAGCCCCACGGAAAGCGGGAGCGGCAGCCUCAUUCGCACUAGCGCCUCCAAGAUCGACAGCCUCAAGAACUGGAGCAUAUCCACGUACAAGUGCACACGCCAGAUCAUGCUGGAGAAGCUGGGCAAGUCGCAGCGCACCGUGGACUCGGAGCUGGAGGCCCAAAUCGAACAGCUGCGCGAGACACAGCGGAAGUAUCUGUCCAUCUUGAGGCUCACGCGCGCCUUUAGCUCGCACUUCCAGCACGUGGUUGUCACACAGCACGCCCUGGCCGACUCAUUCGCCGAUCUGGCCCAGAAGAACCCCGAGCUGCAAAAGGAGUUCACCUGCAACUCAGAGACGCAACGCAAUCUCACCAAGAAUGGCGAGCUGCUGCUCAACGCACUCAACUUCUUCAUUUCAUCGGUUAACACGCUGUGCAACAAGACGAUCGACGACACGCUGCUGACGAUACGACAAUAUGAAACAGCCAGAAUCGAAUUUGAUGCCUAUCGCAUGGACUUAGAAAACACCAAGCCGGAGUUAACGCCCUCGGCCGCAGCCUUGGAGGAGACCCAGCGCAGCUAUGCACAGCACAAGGAGCAAUACGAGAAGCUGCGCUCUGACGUGGCGGUUAAAAUGCAAUUUCUUGACGAGAAUCGCAUUAAAGUGAUGCACAAGCAACUGAUUCUGCUGCACAAUGCCAUUGCUGCUUAUUUCUCGGGCAAUGCUAUGGCACUGGAAAGCACUCUAAAGCAGUUCAACAUAAAGGCUUAAGUCACCGAAUGCCGUCACAGGAUCCUGGCUGGAACAGUAGAAUCAGUAUUAGAAUCCCUCCCACACUCGAAACAUUGCAAACGGCAUUUAAACGCAUCGAAAGGAUGAAGACCUUCUUCACUCACUUGCUGAACGAGCAUGCUCUCUAAAAGAAAUCAGAAGCCGAGAAAAGCCAAACCCCUGGUUGCUACAUGACAAACCGUAACAAUAUUUAAGGCAAAGUUUAAGUCGAAUUCCUAAGCCGUAAGAAGAAAGUGGUAAACUGUAUGUUAUAUAUAUAUUUUUUCAACCGCUUCCCACUGUAUGUAACUCUAUGUAUUACUCACAUUU